AUGUAGCUAUACUAACCUAACUAACCGUCCAUAGUGUUUUAAAGUGUUUUAAUGUAGCUAACCUAACCGACCACUUUUAAUAUUUGAAUUCAUUUUUCCUGCGCAAAAAUAAAACAAAUCCCGAGGUUGGCCGAAGUAAAUAUUCGGGCGUGUUCGGACAGGGACAGAACUAGAUGGACAUCUUAGGCUUCUCUAUUAUUUGGUGUUGCAGUCAUUGAGUAUUCCUCUCCUGUGGAAGGACGAAGAAGGGUUUUAAGAUUGAAAAUUGAGCGAGAAAAUGUCCGGCACAGAUUUUUCUUGUUUACCGGUGGAUGAUGCAAAAAACUGGCUAGCUUCGUUCGACACUAUCCUGGUGGAUUGUGAUGGUGUGCUCUGGCUCCACGACAAGGUGAUACCAGGCGCUCCCGAGACACUCAACAGGUUCCUGGAGCUAGGGAAGAAGAUAUUCUACGUCACCAACAACAGCACCAAGACGAGGGACGAGUUUGUGGCCAAGUGCACGAGGCUGGGGUUCAAGGCCACCAAAGAAAACAUUUUGUCUACGGCGUACCUAACUGCGGGUUACUUGGAAGAUCUGGGCUUCAAAAAGAAGGCGUACAUCGUGGGUUCUGAGGGAAUCGCCAAGGAGUUGGACUUGGUUGGGAUCAAGUCUCUGGGCGUCGGUCCGGACACGAUAGCCACCGGCGACCUUGGGACAGUCAUCUACAAGCAGCUUGCGAUGGACCCGGAGGUGGGGGCAGUGGUGAUUGGGUUCGACGUCCACUUCAACUUCAUGAAGAUGCUGAAGGCGGCGAGCUACGCCAACAACCCCGACUGCAUCUUCGUGGCCACCAACACGGACGAGCGCUUCCCGAUGGACGCGGAGAACGUCGUGGUUCCCGGAACGGGCAGCAUCGUCGCUGCUGUCGAGACGUGUGCCGGCAGGCAGGCGUUCAAGAUAGGGAAGCCGAGUGCGUACAUCUGCGAGGCGCUCAUGAAGAGACACUGCGUGGACCCUGAGAAGACGCUGAUGAUUGGCGACAGAUGCAACACGGACAUCCUAUUCGGCAAGCGGUGCGGGUUCGCCACGAUGCUGGUGCUGACGGGCGUGACCCGGCUUCACGAGGUGGAGGCGUGGCGGCGGUCCAGCCUGCCGGAGGAGCGGGAGCUGGUGCCGGACCACCACGUCUGCCAGCUGGGCGAUCUGCUGCAGUACCUCGCGUAGCCCCCCCGCGCCCGGGAGAGCUCGCCCGCCGCACUACCCUCGCGUUCCUUCCGUGCUGUGAUACCUCGCGCAGUGGUGAGCUGUGUGUAGUGUACUAACUAGGGAUAAGAUUAUGUGGUUUCAUCUUGUGUCUAAUUUGUUUUUUUAAAACAGGAGAUUUUGGUUUUUUUUUAUUACUACAGGAUAUUAUUAAAUAAAUAUGACACAAAAAUGAUUUUGGUGAAUACACACUUGUAUAAUAUAAUAAUUUUUAAUAAGCUUGUUUAACUAUUCAGCACAAUAAAAAUAAAUUGGUAAGUAUGUUUGGAAAAUGCACCAAUUCAUAAUGUGAAACUAGGUUACUAACACUCGCAAGACAAAAAGAAAAGUAAAAAUUUUGCAAAAUCUUUUUGACACGUGCAUUUUGGAUACUCGUUUCCUGCUAUGUAAAUUAUAUUUAUUGAAUUUUUGCUGUGUUGAAAUAUCAGUUUUUUUGUGAUUUUUAUUUUUUUUAUUAUAAAUGCUGAUUAUUUAAUUAUUUUAGUUUCAUUUUGGUGCUUUCUGGUGUAUUAACAAGUAUUUCUGUAUUAUCAUAAUUAACCAUAUAAUCUUGUCCCUAGUACUAAUGUGCUUUAAAUCAUUUCUGUAAUGAACUCUUGAAAUCACUAAGUCUCAAGUCUGUAAGACAUUUUCAUUAAAAGCUUUUGCUUGUAA